AUGUCUAUCUGGGAUGCAUUCACUGGUCGUAAAACUUCUUCGACCUCGUCCGCUUCCGCUACCAUACCUUCUACCACCCCCUCCUCUCAGUCAACCUCAGCAUUCGCUCCUGCGCCAUUCGAUCCAACUUCAGCUCAAGACGUCUCUUCAUUCCUUGGAAGCGCAUCAUUACCAGACGCAUCACAACUACAUCCUCUUGCGGGUCUUAACCAGCAAACAUUAGAUUACCUUUCCCUCGAUGAAUCCACUCUCUCAGACCUCCCAGGCUCGCGAUCCGCACUGCCAUCACGGGGCUGGUCUGACGAUCUCUGUUAUGGCACAGGUGUCACCUACCUGACAGCGUUGACUACGGGAGGGGCUUGGGGGUUGGUAGAGGGUUUGAAUCGGGCGCCCGCCUCAGCGCCACCGAAACUACGUUUAAACAGUGUUCUCAACAGCAUGACCAGGAGAGGACCGUUCUUAGGAAAUUCAGCGGGUGUGGUGGCGAUGGUAUACAAUGGAGUCAACUCGACAAUAGGAUAUUACAGGGGCAAACACGAUGCUGCAAACAGCAUCAUGGCUGGGGCGCUGAGUGGAAUGCUGUUUAAGAGCACAAGAGGGGUUCGGCCGAUGUUGAUUUCUGGGGGGAUAGUAGCGGGCAUUGCCGGUGGAUGGGUGGUCACUCGAAAAGCACUCUUCUAA